AUGGUACUUCAUACAUGUGUCGCUCAGUGGGAGGAGCCGAUGACCAUGCGGGCCGUGUGUCUCCUGCUCCUGUGUGCCUCUUUGUGCUGGGGCCAGUCUCAGCUCAGGGUGUUUAACCUGAGAGCCAAGGGCCUCCCGCAGGACCUUCUGGGGAUCACAGACGGGUACGUCCGGGUCUGGUUCCGCUCGGAGCCGCUGGGUCAGACCGAGGUGCGCAGGAACGACGCCAACCCCUGGUGGAGGGAGGAGUUCAUCUACAUCCACGCCAAACCCUCCGACCCGCUCAAGCUGGAGGUCCACGACAAGGACCUGAUCUGGGACGACCUGGUGGGGACCUGCCUGACCCAAGUCCAGCCCGGGACCCACCAGAACCAGUGUCUGCUGGAGGAGGGAGGCAUCCUGUACUACGACUACACCCUCAGCUAG